UACAAACAUUCGAAUUGACCUUAAAGCAUUCGUAAGCACGCUGCUUCGGUAUACAGUCAAGUUGCUUGCUACUUAUCGGUGGCACGAGAUAAGUCAACAUUAUCAAUAAUUUUGUAAUUGUACCGUGCAUUUGUUUAUCGUUUGCACGUAUUUCAUUUUAUAAAAUGAUAGUGAUUCUAUUAAAUGUGUGGAGAUCGUGUUUUAAUGUUACAUUUAUCGUUUGGUCUCGUAUUGUACUGAUUAUAUUGAGUGCGUUAAUAUACCAAAGUUUCGUUUUGGCCGAAGUGUUUUUGAACAAUUACAAUUACGUGUACCCUCCGUAUUUUACGAAAUCUAUCGUAGUCGGAUUUAAUUAUGCCUCGUCCGUGUAUGGUUUUUUAUUAAAAAUAAUCGCUACUGAGACAGCAACCAUGAACGCGUUCAUGAGGAGGUUUCUCAGAUUUCUCGUAUCGUUGCUGGCCAUCAUAGUGGUGCCGGUUUCAUAUUUUUCAAGCUUCAAACGAAAACGGAAAUGUCCCCCGCCAACAAAUCCCAUCCUCUUCAAAUCAGCAACUAAGCUAGCAGAUAUGAUAAGAAAGAAACAGAUAACAUCGGAAGAGGUUGUGUCUGCGUUUAUAGAACGGUGUAAAGAAGUUAAUCCUUACGUAAACGCUGUAAUCGAACCACGGUAUGAAGUAGCGCUAAGAGAAGCAAGAGGAAUAGACAAAAUGAUAAAGUCAACAGAUCGCACGCCAGAAGAAUUAGAACAGGAAUAUCCACUAUUGGGAAUUCCGCUUACUAUCAAAGAAAGUAUAGCGGUUGAGGGCAUGAGCAAUGAUUGCGGAACGGUAUACACAAAUAGAAAUCCAGCCAAGAAAGACGCGGCUAUUGUCAGGCAAGCCAGAGCGGCUGGUGCAAUUCCCAUAGCUGUAACCAGUACACCCCAGUUGUGCAUGAACUGGGAAACAUACAAUAAUGUUAUAGGAGUAACGAUGAACCCUUACGAUCCGAAACGUACAACUGGAGGCUCUUCGGGGGGUGAGUCGGCUUUGAUUUCUUCAGCAGCAUCGCUAAUAGGACUCGGAUCGGAUAUGGCUGGGUCCCUUAGAUUGCCUCCAAUGUUCACUGGAAUCUAUGGACACAAACCAUCACCUAGAUUACUUUCGAUUGAAGGACACAUACCAGACUGCUUGGAUCCUGAUUUUGAAGAAUAUUUCACUCUUGGUCCUUUAACACGCUACGCCGAAGAUUUAGCACUUAUGUUAAAAGUUUUAAAGAAACCUGGAAGCCCUGACAUACCUUUCGAUAAACCGGUUGACGUAUCAACACUGAAAUUCUAUUACAUGGAAAGUGAUGGCAGUAACGUUUCCGAUUCCAUUGGUCGUGACGUCAAGAUGGCUAUGCAAAAAACGCGGGAGUACCUCAAACAAACCUAUAAUAUCGAAGCGAAACCGCUAAGCAUAAAAAACAUCGAACACAUGUGGGAGAUAAGCGUCAGAGUAUUAAUGAAUAUAAGCCACGUUCGCAACAUCUACACUGAUCCGAACAAUCCUAAGCAAUGGGUAUCGAUCUGGCCUGAAAUCAUCAAGAAAAUGUUUGGUUUAUCGAACAACAACUUUUUUUCUGUUUGCUAUGGUCCUUUGAAGAAAUUCUUUGAUGCCCUACCGAGAAGCUACUACAAGAACCUUCUAACUAAAUUCGAAGACAUUAAAACUGAAUUUGAGACAAUUUUAUCUGACGAUGCAGUUUUGUUGUUUCCGACUUUUCCACAUCCCGCCCACUUGCACUACCGAGUGUACUAUAAAUUUUUGAACUGUGGAUAUUUAACGAUGUUCAAUGCAUUAGGGCUGCCAGUUACGGCCUGUCCGAUUGAAAUGUCGAAAAAAGGCCUCCCUGUCGGCAUCCAAAUUGCGGCAAACAGAUACAAAGAUCAUUUAACUGUGGCGGUCGCUAAUGAAUUUGAGAAAGCAUUCGGUGGCUGGGCAGCUCCUAAUAAAGAUUCGGUUACAGUAUAGAGUAAAACGUAAUAUAAUAUUUGUAUAAUUAAGACAUACAUCACACGUGACCAUGCUGUCAUUUUGAAAUAUUAAGAAUGGUUGAUAUGAUAACACAGAAAAAUCGUGUAAAAAAUAUAUAUAGUUAUAUUUGACCAAAUAAUGUUUGGGUUUUUAGUACAUCGUGCAUGCAAUAUCUACACAGUUGAAAUCAGCUGAGGCUAUAAUUGCCUAAUACAUAUUGUCAUGAGGAUGUCCUAUUUAAAAGGAUUAGUUCACUUUUCUAUUUCCUUUUAAUGUGAUUUAUGUAUUGGAAACCCACUAUUUAAGUACCGAUCUGUGGUUUUAUUAUUUUUUACUUAGUUUAAUGUACCUAAUGUAAGACAAAUGUAAAUUGAAAAUAAAUAUUAAAAAUGUGACUAGCGUA